UUUUUUAUCAAUUCUCUCCCUCCCUCUCCCUCUCUCUCUGUUUUAUAAGGAAAGACUUCAAUGGGUGAUUCAAAAAUUACGAUUGGCUUCAUCAAUCAGGCUCGGGAUGAAGUGUACAUGUUGGUUAGGGGCAAUAUACAAAUAAAAAAGGUGCUACAAAGUUAUUGUGAUGAAAAACAUUUGGAGUAUGGAACUGUGGAUUUCUACCUUGAGGGUAAUCGUGUUCCUCGUAGAGGAACUGUUGCUCAGGCUGGAUUGAAGGAGAAUGAUAUGAUUGAUGUUGUGGCACCAGUCUUUGGAGGUGGGCCUUCAAAUCCAAGCUGCUGAAUUUGCAUAUUAAUGUUGUGUUUCAAAUGAAUUUGCUAUAUGCAAUUAUUUCCAUAUGAAGGAUGUUUUUAUUAUAUUUUGAUAAAGGAUCUUAAUCAUGCG